AGAGCGAGGACUGAGGACAGGAAGUCGCAUAUCUUAGCGUGGAUGCUAACGGAAAACUGUAAUAUUUAGCCACACCUCGCAGGUCCAUCUCCCACAAACAAGAAUGGAUAUAAGUUAACAAUGACUGGAGAGAAAAAGAAGAAAAAGCGGCUGAACCGCAGCAUUCUUCUAGCCAAGAAAAUCAUCAUUAAAGAUGGAGGCACUCCACAGGGGAUUGGAGAGCCCAGUGUCUACCAUGCGGUGGUGGUUAUCUUCCUGGAGUUCUUCGCCUGGGGACUGCUCACCACUCCCAUGCUUGCGGUGUUACAUCAGACAUUCCCCCAGCACACAUUCCUGAUGAACGGACUUAUUCAUGGUGUCAAGGGCCUGCUGUCUUUUCUGAGUGCUCCACUAAUCGGUGCUCUGUCAGAUGUGUGGGGCCGGAAGUCCUUCCUGCUGCUCACUGUGUUCUUUACCUGCGCUCCCAUCCCUCUCAUGAAGAUCAGCCCAUGGUGGUACUUUGCAGUGAUCUCCAUGUCUGGUGUGUUUGCAGUCACUUUCUCUGUGAUCUUUGCAUAUGUGGCCGAUAUCACUCAGGAGCAUGAAAGGAGCACAGCAUAUGGCUUGGUAUCGGCCACUUUUGCAGCCAGUUUGGUGACGAGCCCAGCGAUCGGUGCUUACCUGUCAGAGGCAUAUGGAGAUACUCUGGUGGUGAUCCUUGCCACGGCCAUUGCUCUGCUAGACAUCUGUUUUAUCCUGGUAGCGGUUCCUGAGUCCUUGCCUGAGAAGAUGAGACCAGUUUCAUGGGGAGCCCCCAUCUCAUGGGAGCAGGCAGACCCCUUUGCAGUGAAUUUCAGAAUAAUGGUUCCUCUCUCUGUGCAGACGGUUGUCCUAGGAAUCCUGAUGCGUUCCAUAGGGAAUAAGAACACUAUCUUGUUAGGCCUCGGCUUUCAGAUCCUACAGCUGGCCUGGUAUGGCUUUGGCUCCCAGCCCUGGAUGAUGUGGGCCGCUGGAGCCGUUGCUGCCAUGUCCAGCAUCACCUUCCCAGCAAUCAGUGCCAUAGUGUCCCGCAACGCAGACCCCGACCAACAAGGUGUGGUGCAGGGAAUGAUCACGGGAAUCCGAGGUCUGUGUAACGGUCUGGGUCCAGCGCUCUACGGCUUCGUCUUCUACCUGUUCCAUGUGGAGCUCAGUGAAAUGGACCCCGCAGAGAGCCCAGAGAAGGGUGCCAAACCCAACAUGGCCAACCCUACAGAUGAGAGUGCCAUCAUCCCCGGCCCUCCCUUCCUGUUCGGAGCGUGCUCAGUGUUGCUGUCCCUGCUGGUUGCUCUCUUCAUCCCAGAGCACAAUGCCCCCAACCUGCGGCCCGGCAGCUACAAGAAGCACAACAAUGGCGCACAGAGCCACUUACACAGUUCGCAGGGUGGACCCUGCGAGGGCAAGGAGCCUCUACUGGAGGACAGCAGUGUAUAACCCCACUGACGAGGGGGAUGGGCAUCGGACCCCAAACCCCCUCAUAAUCACCACCCCAACCUCCCCAAACGCACACGUGCAGUGCACCUUCUACACAAGAUGGCAUCACCGUCCUCUCUGGUGCAGAUAUUGCAAGUGCGUAACUGGGCCAACCGGGAGCUGAUCUUGGCCUUGAGGAACAGGAAGUGGAGCUAAAGACAUUUUGCCUUGCACAAGCGAGGGAAAUGCGAGCAGACGCAGUUGUGUGCCGAUACAGACUUGGUGACGGUUUUCCUAAUUUUUACUGUUACUUAGUUUUUUUUGUGUGGGGGGGGGGGGGGGGGGGGGUUCUCUCUUUCAGAGUUUCAACAUAUAAAUUAUAUAAAUGUUCCUUGCCCAAAGACCUGGUAACUGUAACAAUAGGGAAUGUGUCUGUCGUGAUGUUACAGGCUAACUUUUGAUGUGCUGCUUUCUACUGGUUCUUCUUGGUUUUGUACUACAGAUUGAGCAUCAUCUGUUUGAAUCCUAGAGGAAACGCAAACAAGAAAUGUAAGAAAGAAGGUCAUCAGCGUCAUUUCAUGCAGUCAUCGCUGUAGUAUCAUGCUCUUUCAGCCUACAGUUUCUGUUCUUGUACAUCAGAUGAAAUGGUUUGUACUUCCUCUCCUUUUCUAUCAUGAGAGGUCUGUCAAACUUCAUGCAGGGGAAGUAAAAGAUGCCUUUAAGUGACUUUCUAUUGCAAUUACCAAACCCAGAUGAAGACUUCGCUCUGAGAAGGGUCAAUCGUAUCGCUCCUGUCAGAGCCUGCGCAUAUUUCAUUCUUGUUUAUCAUCUGCCUCGCCGCCAGAGCUCCCUGUGAACGUCAGCACUGCCAUGUUACAACAGGCUAGCAGGGUUAGGAGCUUACUGACCGCAUACCUAGUUUUCAUAUUACCGCAAGCACUGAUGUGGGUGGAUUAGCUUACAUGUUAUUGGAUGAGCGUCGCUAGAUCCAGUCAAUUAAUAUCACACAUGCUGCUACUGUAGGAUGUACAAGGUUACAAAGUUCUGUGGUAUUAUACUAGACUCUAAACGUGGUAUUUCUAUUAGAGCUGAGCUUUCUGGGCACGUCGUUGUAAUUUUAGACCCCAAAUUUUGUGGCCGAUUUCUAUUUGCGGUGCUUUUUUUUUUUUUCUUUCUGGCGAGACAAACUUUGAAUACUUUUAUCAGAUCUCAACAUAAACGUUUGAUUUUUCCAGAGAAAAUCUCAAGUGCAUUCAGAUCACUUUAGUUUUUUUGUUUUUUAACCGAUGUCUAGGUUUUGUUUAUUUGGUUUUAGGUGCCAUACCUAUGACUUUA